GUCGUCGGCAGCGGCGGGCUCGGCGGGGAUGGCUGCGGCGGGCAUCACCACCCUCCCCGCGAUGCCCGACGACGGCGGCGGAGGCAGUGGCGGCACCUUCGCGCCCGGACACUUUAAGGAUCCCAAGCGGCUCUACUGCAAAAACGGCGGCUUCUUCCUGAGGAUCAACCCCGACGGCAGAGUGGAUGGAGUCCGGGAGAAGAGCGACCCUUACAUCAAAUUGCUGCUUCAGGCAGAAGAGAGAGGAGUCGUGUCGAUCAAAGGUGUGUGUGCAAACCGUUUCCUUUCUAUGAAUGAAGAUGGUCGGUUGUUAGCACUGAAAUACAUAACAGAUGAAUGCUUCUUUUUUGAACGCUUGGAAUCUAAUAACUACAAUACAUAUCGAUCUCGUAAACAUAGUGAUUGGUAUGUUGCACUGAAACGAACUGGGCAGUACAAACUUGGACCAAAAACUGGACGAGGACAGAAAGCUAUCCUUUUCCUUCCGAUGUCUGCCAAGAGUUGAUUUUAGUGGCAGAGUCUAUAAAAUAUACUACAACAGUGGUAAACGUCCGCUUUGCCACAAGACAGAAAAAUGUGACCAAAUAUUUGCCAGGAUCAGCUGCACUUGCAGAUUGAUUGUAGAACUGUGUAUGUUUUAAGCCUUCUAACUGUUUUAAUUCCUGGAACCAUAUAUAUAUGUAUGUGAAUGUGUCAGGCUGGAACACCAAUGCACCAACUGAAUAUUAUGCUUGUUUCCAACUUGAUGGUUUGGGGGUAGAGUUAAAAACAUA